AUGGAAUCAGAAAAUUUGCAACCUGGGUCGUCGGACACGCGCCGCACGUCGGCCGCUGAUAACCAAGAGCCUUCUCAAACUUCAAUGGCCCAAAAGCCAGUUGUGAAGAAGCGAACAAAAACAGGCUGUUUAACAUGCCGACGGAGACGUAUCAAGUGCGACGAGACCAAGCCCCGAUGCAACAACUGUAUCAAAUCAAAAAGACAAUGCGAUGGCUACAAUCAACGCGUCGUCUUCAAAGACCCCAUGGGCACCUUUCAAACCAACCACAUGGGAAACCUCAUCUUUCCGAACGCACCGCCCCACAGCAUGCUUGUUAAUCCACACAUGGCCGGCUCCGCAAGACACAUGGCACCCCAGGCCCAGACACCACUUCCGUUCAUCGCCCCAAGGCCGCCGAUGGCGUCCGACAUUCCUCCGGGUGGAAUGCCGCAUCACCUCCAGCAUCACAUGCAUCAGCAGCCAAUACAAAUGCAGGGGCUUCCGCUCCAUGCGGAACAGCUUUACCACCAAGGGCAGCCGAUACCAUUACAGCCUCACCAGGUGCCGUACAUGCCACUGAGCCCCCAAAAUCCGCAUGUGGAUCCAACAACCUUCCAACAUCAAACAUGGCAGCAAUCACGCCAGGAGACAGUGGACCUCAACAGCUUCAACCAGCCACCUUUGAUAUCGCCUGUGGGCUAUGAGUCAAUUCCAACCACUGCCGAAGCGUCUGCGGCACACGUUCCGAUCAACCCGGCACAAUGGCCCAGUGGAGACCAAGUUCCCGACGUCACUAGAAUUCCCGUGCCCCAUGAAGCCGUUCGGACGUUUAUCAACGAGGAAGGAAAGCCAGCCAGGUUUAUUUAUGAUGAAGAAACCGCGUACUGGCACCCCGACGAUGACGCAUCCAUGGCGGCAUCCGAAGACGAGGAAGGAGAGUCCGAGGACGAGGCGCAACACCUGGAAUCCAAUGACCUCGGUGCUAUUGUUGCAAGGCGUUUGCACAAUCGUCCACCUGAUGCCUUUGGCACCCAAAUGCGAACAUUUUCAAAUUUUGCAGACGCCAACGUGCUGGCAACUUACAUUCCAUCUUCAAUUAACUCGCCUCUCAAUGACGCACAAACCGCUUCGGUUUUCUGGUACUUUGUCAACGUCACUGGUCCUAGCAUGUCACUUUUCGAACGCCGUCCAGUCGACCCAACGCCCAUCUUUCAAGGCCAACCUGUGCCCCGGUCUCGACAACACAUCUGGACCUACACGUUCCCGAUCAUUGCUCUCAACCACCCUGCACUACUUCAGGCGAUGCUUGCUCUUGGCAGUCUUCAGAUGGCAAGACUCCAAGGCGCGCCGCAUACGGCCUCGAUGAAGCACUAUCAUUUGAGCUUGCGGAGAAUCGCGCGGAACUGCGGGAGCCCAUCUCGCCGCGUACAGCCCGCGACUUUGGCCGCCACAAUGCUUCUUGGGUUCUAUGAAGUAUGGAACUCGGACCAUGACAAGUGGUGCAAGCAUCUGUGGGGUGCCCGUGCUAUUUUGCGGGAGAUCCCGAUCAGAGACAUGACAAAAAGGAUCAUUGCUCUGAAGCGACAACAGCGCCAAUACCUAAACAACUCUAGUCCAGAAGCUGGCAAAGACGAUUAUGCAAACAAGAUCGUUGCAGAGCGAGACAUCGAUCAAGUUGAUACCGCUCUUGUUGCGCAACUCUCGGGGCGGCCGGUAGCCUACGACGACUCUACGCCACCAGCCCCUGUGUCUUCGGCAGCACCACUUUCGUGGACCGCUCCCCAGCACUACACCGAGAAGGAUAUCGAAACGUACGAGCUAAUUGCAGAUGUCUUCUGGUGGUACUGCAAGAUGGAUGUGUACCAGAGCAUUCUCGGCGGCACACCUCUCUUGAUGGAAUACGGCUGUUGGACACAAUGCACUCCUCGUGCCCCAAUCAGCAAGAUUGAUGCGAUAUAUGGAACGUACGAUCAUCUUAUUCUCCUUCUCGGCCGGCUAUGCAGCUUUGCUUCAAAAGACCAGUCCCGGAAACGAAAGAUGAUGCGGUCCGAUGGCCUUGGUGGUGGUCAGGGCCAGUCGCCUCCCGGGUUUGUCGGCAUGAUGCCCUCCACAGGACACAUCACAAUCCCCAAAGGCUUCAGUCCUCCACGCGAGGUGUCACCGCAAAGCGACAAACAUGACGACGUCGACAUCGAAGCGCGUACAGCUGCUGCCAUGCGUGAAUGGGAGGCCAUCCGCCAAACAUUCGAAGUCUUCCGGGCCCAACUCGGUCCAGGUUUUGAACCGCUCGGCCCCGAAUUCGACACCCCCGUCAGCAGUCCGUUCGGUCCGGCUCUUAAAUACCGAACCUACAGCAUCGCCGGCAUUUGGAUGAACUAUUACAUGGGACUAAUAGUUUUACAUCGCUGCUAUCCCACGAUGCCUCCUAUUGCUAUGGUCGCCGCAGGCAUGGCCGCACAGCAAACCGCCCCUUUCGCUAUCCAGAUCGGCCGCAUUGUGGCCGGUAUUGGUGGCGAGGACAUGGGUACCAUGUCCAGCGUCAGCACACUUCUCGGAUGCGUUUCUAUCGAAAGCUCAUUCCCGCUGUUUGUUGCCGCUGUUCAGUACCAAGAUACCGCCCAAAGGCAUUGGACGGUUAGGAGGAUGCACAAUGUUGCACGGUUGACGGGAUGGCAGUCCGCUCGGCAGAUUGCAAACGGCUGCGAGUCCGGCUGGGUCAAGGCCGCGAACUUGGGCCGUGGGCCGCCCUACGAGUCUCCGCCAGAUCUAGAAGCAGCUCCACUGUCGAUCUGGAACCAGCCGAGACGGAUCAUCGACCGUGUGCGAGAACUCGAGGACGUGGAGGAGCGUUUGGUAUUGUCUACCUCUGAACGUCCGCACUACGCUGUCGGUCUGCUCAGUGUGGAGACAGAUCUCGAAAGGUUGGAUCUUAGCGAUCACGAGUAG